UUAGAUUUAAUAAAAAUGGUGUGAUAUCUAUUCACUGCAAGAACGCUAACGCAAUGUGAUCUUGGAACACACUCUAUUGGGUAAUGUAACUAGAUGGUACCGUAUUGAUAAAAAGGCAUCAGUAUCUGGAAUGGGAUCGAAUUGGUAACUAGAAUCACAUCGUAUUGGUAACUGGAUACACAUCGUAUUGGUAACUGGAUACAGAUCGUAUUGGUAACCGGAUACAGAUCGUAUCGGUAACUGGAUACAGAUCGUAUCGGUAACUAGAAUAAGAUCGUAUUGGUAACUGGAAUCACAUCGUAACUGGAUACAGAUCUUAUUGGUAACUGGAUACAGAUCUUAUUGGUAACUAGAAUCACAUCGUACUGGUAAUUAGAAUCACAUCGUAUCGGUAACUGGAUACAGACCGUAUCAGAUAGUACUGGUAACUAGAAUCAGAUCGUAUUGGUAACUGGAAUCGCAUUGGUAACUGGAAUCACAUUGUUAAUCGGAAUCGCAUUGUUAACAAUCUUGUAACGGGAGAGCAACCUAUGAAAUUAAUCAAGUCGUGUGUUCGUCAAGACGUACCUUGAUAAAGAUGAGAGGUAUCCUCGUCGAAAUGUCACUUAGUAUUAAACUCAGUAAUUGUGUAUCUAUAAAAUUGUACCCUGUGUUAAUAUAUUCAAUUACUAAAUGCCAAUCAAAGACGAAACAAGUACCUGAUCUACCUCAACUAACAGUUAUGGAGAAUAGUGGAGUUUAAUCACACACAACUGUCUGACACUGUGACGAUUAGUGGUUGCCGUUUGACGACCUUCUUGAAAUGCAGGAUGUUAAAUUUGUAGAAUACAAUACCGUGAUGUUGAAUUACAGAACCAGCUUACGUAAUUGUUCAAAAUCAAACGUUUAACAAUAUGAUGUGUGACCACACAGGAAUGUAACGUUUAUAACCCGCAACAUUUUCUAACCAACAGAAGAUUAUUGUAGGAUUACCGAUGACUUUCCAGCUUACGUAAUGGUUUAAAAUCAUAUUUAAAAAUGUUUAAUAAUUACAGUGAUGUGUGACCAGAAAGUGUGAACAACGAUUCGAUUAUUUUACUAAAUAACAAAUGACCAGUGUAAUGAUGACCAGUUAAAGAGGAAAAGACAUUCCUCCAACUUCAGAAUGAGGUGUUUCAGAAAAUGUGAACACUGCAUACCUGAUUCGAUAUAUCCAUAUAUAUUAGUUUUAAUAACAAUAUUAGUUUAUAUACCAGUAGCCGGACUCGUACAAAGUUUCGGAAUUUUUCUGGAACAACUGAACGAGGAAUUUUGUCCGAAUGACUGUGUUCAACUUUUAGCAUGGGUAGGGGCUCUAGCUCUAGGAUUAAACAGGAUAUUUUGUUGGGUCACCGUCAUUCUACAGCGAUUCAUAUCCUCAUUUAUUCUCUUCUUAUCUGGUGUGUUGCUUUGUUCAUCCGGUCUCUUUAUAUCUUCCUACUUCCAACACAUCGGCUGGAUGUUCUUGACUUAUUGUAUAGCGUUUGGUAUUGGAUCCAGCCUCGUUAUGAAUUCUCCAUACAGCCUGAUAGAAUACCAUUUCCCGCCAUCCCAUCGUUACCACCUCCUAGCAACCAGUAUCAUGAACGUCGGAGCUCCAUUGGGUUCGUUUAUAAUGAAUCCUAUAGCCGCGUAUUUUGACGCAGUGGAGAUUCACACGUGGCGUGAUACGAUGAAGAUCUUCUCUCUAGCAAUACUGGUUAUUGGUUUAUUCUGUAGUUUAUUUAUUAGAGAUAACAAACCGUCAGAUUUCCACAGUUUAGACGAGGAAACGAUAAUAGACACCGAUAAAACUCACAAAAAUGUUGACGAAAAAAGUAGUGACGUGGGAGCUAUAAAUAAUGACGUAAUGGACGAAAAGACAUCAAUCAAAGAUGACGUCACUGACAAACAGGAUGAAACACGCGGGGUGAUGUCAUUAAAUAAUACGAUGGAGGGGCCGGAUGAAUGGCGCUGUUCGUGGUAUUUACUGUACGCUGUCACAAUCUGGAUAUUCGCCAUCUUUCUUUUAUCUUUCUCGAUUUAUAUACCAAAAGUCCACUUUAUCCAAUAUAUGCAUAGUUUAAAUAUUCACCCGGAAAUAGCCGCAUUGUGUAUGUCAAUAGAGGGACUUGGCGAGGCUAUCUUUAGUUUUCUUAUUUCAAUAUUGGGUGAUAAAAUAAGAAAGUAUGUGAUAUAUCUGUAUGCAGCUGGAUGUUGUGUUCUGUCUAUUUCCAGUAGUCUUUUAAUUUAUGCUACAACUUAUUACCAAGUGGCUGUCUAUUGUUUUGUGCAUGGUUCAAUGGAUGGUAUUAUGAUGAGUAUACUAUAUCCAGCUUUAUCACGACUUGUAUCAAAUAUUACGUUAAAACGUUAUAUAUGGGCGGCUACAUUUUUUGUUAACGGUGUAGGACAAAUUGCCGGAAUACCUUUAGCAGGUAUGGUGUAUGACGUCACGAAAUCUUAUAAUAUCGUCUUCUUCGUAGCGGCAGGUGUGUUUGGAUCAGCCGCCAUAUUGUUUCUGUUGCUAGCGCUAAAGACCAGAAACAGCCAGUAACCGGAAGUUGACUGUGAACGAACAGUCACAAAGAGCCAGUAAAUCUUGUAAAGAAACAGGGGUACAAAAACAUUUCAAUUCACAUAAAGUAAAUUAUUUCUAAAGAAUA